AUGUCUGUGUAUGUUAUUACCGGGGUGUCCAGGGGAAUCGGGUUUGAGUUCCUCAAGCAGCUCUCGGAGGACCCAAUGAACCUAGUGGUGGGCCUGGUUCGCGACAAGGCUGGGACCGAGAAGAAGGCGGCCGCAGAGCUGGGCGACCGUCCCAAUAUCCAUAUCCUGCAUGGAGACCUCACCAAGGCCGACAAUCCCGAGGAGCUGGAGAAGGUUGUAGCAGACUUGACACAGACCAACGUCGUCGGCAACAUCCAUCUCUUCAACCUCUUCCUUCCUCUUGUCCUCAAGGGCAAGGCCAAGAAGGUCAUCGCGCUUACAACAGGUCUAGCCGACGUUGGCAUGACCAAUUCUUUCGAGGUUGACAUAAGUGGUCUGUAUGCUGCAUCCAAGGCCGCUCUGAACAUGAUUGCGUCCAAGUUCAACGUGCAAUACAAGAAGGACGGUGUCCUUUUCAUCAGCAUCAGCCCGGGAGUGGUUGAGGUGGCCCAAUAUGACAACAUUACCCCGGAACAGCAGCAAGGCUUGAUGGGAUUCAUGGGCAAGGUCGCCGCCUAUUCCCCGGACUUCAAGGGCCCAAUCACGCCAGAGCAAUCUGUGAAACAGGUCAGGGCAACAUGGGAAAAAGCCAGUAUCGACACCGGAUUUGGUGGCGCGUUUGUCUCGCAUCAUGGAGAUAAGAACUGGAUUUGA